CCCAAGGCCAGACUGUGUUGCGACCAGAAAAAAAAAGGCGCUUGGAACUCCCGCAACGUAUAAUCGAACUCGCUCUCACGCCUAAUCAAAAUGGCCACUACCACCACCGCCCACCCCGAUUCCUGCCCGACACCUUCAUCAUCAUUGUCACCAUCAAUAUCAUCACCACAAAAUUCACUCAACCUCGUCCUUCUUGUCGCCUCUGCACCCUCAUCCUGUUGAUACUCCCUUCCCUUUGUAUUGCACCUCCGCCCGUCCUGCUGCACACCGCGCAAACAAACUCGCUGCGCCUCCGGAACCGAACACGCCUCUGCAACACCUCCUAUCGAGGGGGGAGGAUCAUACCUACGACUGCGGAAGGUCUCUAUCAUCGCGCAACCUAACUUCCAUUCUGUCCCUGGCGCUGCUUCCAUCUCGCACCCUUUGCAUCCGAAACACCAUACCACGUAUCAUCAUCAGCCAUGGCUCCCUCUGCAGUCAAAGCAGACCCGGCAGCUUCCGCCACCGCUACCCCUUCAGCGUCGAAGUCGUCUACCCGAGCGACGCCCAAGUCCAAGAUCGCCAUCCUUAAGCUCUCGUCCAAGGCCUUGCUACGUUUUCCGCACGACCCGUCAUCGCCCGUGCCGAGAGAAAAGAGCGUCUCCUCGUCGACGCCGUCUGCUCAGACCCCUUCGACGUCUACCAACAAAGCCAGCAACAACGUUGCCGACACAAAUGAAGGCGUUGCCGACGACUCGACGUCUGUUGCUGCCAACGGCGCAGACUCCAAUGCCGCCUCAACACCCGCGGCAACAUCCAACGGCUUACUUGCGCCGCCACAGAAUUCAGCCAAGAGGAAGGGUGUGCCUGGCCCAAAGCCAGGAAUGAAGAGGACCGCGUCGCAGGUGGACACCAAUGGCGUGCCCAAGCCGCGAGGCAAGCCUGGUCCAAAGAAGAAGCCAAGAAUAGGCGAAAAUGGCGAGGUCGUUAAUGGCGCCGUGCAAACCGCACCUAAACUCGGUCCAAAAGCCAAUCAAGGCGCGAUCAACGCCUGCCUUCGAGCCCUCGACCGAACAGGCAAGCCCUGCAGGAGAUGGGUGAGGAAGCCGUUUGUCGUCCGUAGCUUCACUGGCUAUGGUUGGGGUGCCGGCUCGUAUGCCGCCAUCCGCAAGGAGCCGUCAACGUUCGACGGCGACGUUAAGAGCGACACUUCAUCGUCCGGAGACAAACCUACUCACGACAGCAGUGCUAUGCAGAGCGAGAAGAGCACUAGUGGCGCCGACGCUGAUACUUCCGUGCCUCCAAACGGCCUGACCAGCUCUCCGGCACCAGCCGUGGCCGUCAACGCAUCUGGAUGAUGCCCUACGACAGUAUGCAAUCAUAAUCGCUUCGGUAGACAUACACUGGGGAGGGGCUACGUGCUAUGCAUCUACUCGUCCAUUCGUCUCUUGAUCAAUGCGUCUCAAUUUGCUUUACGGCCACUCCAUGUAGUAUUCUGUGUUUUGGUUUUUUUAAUCAUUUUCAGCAAGGUGUUUGCAUGUUUUACGGCAUCUUUAAUCAUUUGAUAUGCGUGCAGACAAAAUGCAUAUACGCAACUUGGCGCAACAGGACAGGUUACCACGGAACAUGACACUCAUGCAUCGGCCACGGCGUUUCAAAAGGACGGAAAUGGGGUUGGUUUAAGGAUUUCGAGUGGAGGAACAGAUGAGAAAAACUCACGAAGCGCGUAUCAACUGUACCUUUACGUCUGCGCUCUCUGCCUUCUUUUCUCAGCGUGCACGGUAGAGAGCAAUCAAGAUCAAAGGCGUGAUCUGACAAAAUUCGGAAUAACUGGCGGUGUGUGUAGAUCAGAAUCAAUGUAUGAGUAUAGAGAAACAAUCGGUCAAGGAGUCAGCCAUUCUCCACACACCUGGCGAGA